AUGGCGGGCACGACUUUCACAGAACUUCACCUUGCUUUCGACCGAUGGGUUGGCGAGACUCUUGAUCAUCCCCUAGGCCGGUACUUUAUGGCCGGGGUGGGGUCAUCUUUGGUUGUAAUACUCGUGGCCAUUGUGAGUUUCUUCGGUCGUAGCAAGGCCCCAAAUGUCCCAAUCCUACUUCAAGACGAGAUCGGAAAUGCAAGAAAGCGUGCUCUCGAGUAUUGCUUCAACCCUCGCAAGGUCAUGGAGAAAGGGUACAAGAAGUUCAAAAACCAAGUUUUUGGCCUUGAUACACAAGACGGGCUCAAACUCGUCAUACCUCCAAGCUAUCUGGAUACACUGAAGAGUCAUCCCGCUCUCAGCUUCAAAGCCUCGAUCGACAACGACAUGCAAAUCGAGUACACAUAUUUCGGAGGUCCACCAGAAUAUGUCAUCCAUGCCAUCAAAGCCAAUCUCACAGGAUCACUGCCCGCUUUUGCACCCUUACUACAUGGAAUGGUACGCAAAAAUAUGCCCAAAAUCAUGGGUGUAUACAAAGACUGGACACCGGUGAAAGUCCAUGACCGAGUACUCCGCCUCGUUGCAACAAACAAUGCUCGUGCAUUCCAAGGUACUGCUGCCAGCGAGGAUGAAGAAUGGCUCUCAGCAUCCACCGGUUACGUGCUGGCUUGCUUCGACUGCAUACGAGCUUUGAAGCAGUGGCACCCGUGGCUCCGACCACUCGUCUACAGGCUCAUUCCGGAACGAGCUGCUAUCAAAGAUCAAUGGGCAAAGGGUCGCAAACGCGUGAUGGCAUCCAUGAGAGAGAGGCAAGAAAAAGGAGGAAAUCUGGAAGAUCCACCAACGAUGUUGGACCAUUUGAGCAAUGGUAGGAAUGCACCAAUGGCCGACGACAUUGAGAUGCAGCUGGUUCACCAGAUGAACUUGAUCGCGGUUGGUACUGUCACAACAUAUUCUUCCACGACACAAGCUAUCUACGAUCUUGCCACUCAUCCGGAAUAUGUUCCCAUAUUGCGACAGGAGGUUGAGUCCCUGCCUCGAGGUCCGAAUGGAAAUUUCAGUCGGGAUUCAAUUUUGGCAAUGGAGAAGCUUGACAGCUUCAUAAAGGAGAGUCAGCGGCUCCACUCCCCCGACCUUUCCACUUUCCAGCGAGCAGCGAUCGCAGAUAUGACACUCCCAGACGGAACCUUCGUCCCCAAAGGCACCAAACUAGAGAUUAACACCUGCUCGAUUCACGCAGACAAAGAUCUUUACGAAAACCCUAGCGACUUUGAUGGUCUUCGCUUCUACAAGAUGCGCCAAGGUCCUGGACAAGAGGCGAAGUACCAGUACUCUAGUGUGGGCCGAGAGGAUCUUUCAUGGGGUUUUGGACGACACGCCUGCCCUGGGAGGUACCUCAGCGCCAUCAACAUCAAGCUCAUCAUGUCCGAACUCUUGAUGAACUAUGAUAUUAAGUUGUGCGAUGGGGCAAGCCGACCGCCGAAUAUCGAAUUCGAAGUUCUUUGCUCUCCCGAUCCCAAUUACGAGCUUCUGUUGAAGACCAGAGAGCAGUAG